AUGCAGCGUCUUCCUCCCCUCCCGGUUUCCUGUUCGCUCGCACAUCGGAGCAAAAAGCUGCAGCCUUCGCCCGCCGCUGCAGAACAUCACAGAGGUGACAUUGGUCUAAAAACACCAACCGCCAUCAAACAUCUUAAGAUUUCAUCCCACACAGCCAAAUCUUCCUUCCUGUCCUAUGAUUCAAGACACAAAUAG